AAACCAAAAAAUGUUUUCAUUGAUGUGUUCAUUGAUAUUAAUGCUGUCACACAUUAGAGAGAGCGAGUCAAUCGACUGUUUCAAAUGUACCAGCUCAAAUGGCGACAACCGACGCUGCGAAGACCCUUUCCAUAACAACUUCUCGUCGGCUAUACUUCACACUCCGUGUUGGGCCGGUAGGAAGAACAGGAACGGCAUAUUCCCGGCCACGGCUUGCAUCAAAUUGAGUGGAAAAUUUGCGAUGCUUUUGGCGAACGAUAGCGGAGAAUCAAUGGUAAUCCGUGACUGCGCUCUGGACAGCGGUUCCCUCACAAUCGACACGGAGAUCGUCCGCAUGUCACAUUGCGGAGGCUUUUACUUUGACCAGAGAUAUGUUCGCGGAUGUGUUCAGGUUUGUAAUGGCUUUCCCUUUAAG